AGUUUAUUCAUUGGCAUAGCACAGCAAAAGAUUAGUUCGCAGCACAGCAGAAAAUUCGCGAUAAGAAGACGUUCAGGUUCUUGCAGCGUUGUAGAUUACGCUAUCAGUUUUCGUUAAAUAAUUGCCUAGAAGUGCUACGAGUAUACUAACAAUUACGCUCCUAACGACUAUAUAAAUUUUUGCAAUAUACUGUUUCCGCGGCAGAUAAUUUCAAAAUACAAUUUCGCAAUAAUUCGUUUUGCUUUUACUUAUUUGAACUAAUAUCCGGAAAAUGGUUCAUAAAUACAAACUGAUUUAUUUCAAUCUGCCCGGUCGUGCUGAACUUCCGCGUUGGAUUUUUCAUUAUGCCGGGCAAGACUUCGAAGAUAAACGCAUUGAACAUGCUCAGUGGCCGGCGGUGAAACCAACCACACCGGACGGCACACUGCCCUACCUGGAAGUGGACGGUAAACCGUUGUCGCAGAGUCAGGCCAUCGCUCGCUACUUGGCACGCACAUUCAAGGUGGCUGGACACAAUGCCUGGGAGGAAGCGGAAGCUGAUGCUGUUGUGGAUUAUCUUGGUGAUGCAUCGAAGGAUUACAUCAGAUACGCUGGAGCGCUCCGGGCUAAGGACGAGCAGCUGGCAAAAAGCAUUAAGGAGAAGUACAUCGGAGAGACAGUGAUUCCGUAUUUGGACGGACUGAACCGGAAGUUGGAACACAAUUCUGGCAGCCAGUACCUAGUCGGCAAAGAUCCCACUUGGGCAGAUUUUGCUGUAACGAUUUUCCUGGAAAAACUUUGCAGCAUGGACGCACACAUCGUGGACAAAUACCCGCGACUGAAAGUCCACACCGAACAUGUUCGCAAUCUACCCGGUAUUCGCGAAUGGAUUGCCAAACGUCCUGCGAAUCCAGUCUGACAAAAAUUACCAAUAAUUUCAAUAAAUCAAGCAUUUUCUUACGCACUACUCGGUAUUUGAAGAGUGCAACUGCACGCUAGUGUUGUGCUUCGCAUACGUUUAUUUAUUUACUGCGCUUGAUAACUGCUGGAAUAAUUUUUUUGGGAGCCUAUCACUGGCACUCGACAAGAGCGAUCAAAUAAAUUACCUAAUUGUAAGCUCGUA